CUUUGAAUUAUUUAAAACUGCAAGCUGGGCUUAAAUCAAUAUUUUAUCUUUUGAAAAGUUCUGUACAUUUGGAUAUUUACCUAGCAGACGGUUUUAAGAGAAUAUAUUUCUAUUUUAAAAUGUAGUUGACUUGUUCAAGCAAUACAAACAGCCCACAACACAACUUGCCCUGAAUAAACGACCCAUGGGAGGGAAUUCUCGCUGUACAACUAGAGCCUCUAUAGGCUAUACAACUCCCAAUCACCUAAUUAGGAAAAUUGGGAAUGGUUUGAGCUGCUGCGUUCAUCUUUGGUUUUUCCUCGUUUUGAUUUUUGAAGUACCAAGAAUUAGCCAGAACCUUGAUUUGGUGCAGUUGCUCUCACCCAAGAGCUACACAAUUGAAAUCAACAACUGGAAGCAUUUCAAAAUGAAGAAGAUUUGGGGAGUCUCUAUAUCCCUUAUUCUUAUAAAUUUGACUGCUAUUAUGGAAAGAGCUGAUGAGAAUCUUCUACCAUCUGUGUAUAAAGAAGUUAGUGAAACUUUCAGUGCUAGCCCUACUCAGCUUGGAUACCUUACAUUUAUCCGGAACUUUGUGCAAGCUAUCUCAUCUCCAUUAGCUGGCAUAUUGGUUCUUCAUUAUAAUCGACCCACAGUUCUAAGUAUAGGUACAAUGUGCUGGGCAUUGUCAACGGCAGCAGUGGGCAUGUGCCAAUAUUUUGAACAAAUUGCAUUUUGGAGAGCAAUCAAUGGAGUAGGGCUGGCAAUUGUCAUUCCAGCAUUGCAGUCAUUUAUUGCUGAUUCGUAUGUAGAAGGUGUCCGAGGAGUUGGCUUUGGAUGUCUUAAUCUUAUAGGGUCUGCAGGUGGCAUAGGAGGCAGUAUUCUGGCAACAAUACUAGCUGGAUACACUAUUUUGGGAAUACCGGGUUGGCGUUGUGCGUUCAUUUUAAUGGCACUAUUGAGUUCCCUAAUUGGAUUUCUUGUGUAUACAUUUGUUGUUGAUCCAAAGAAAAUACUGCCAGGUUCUUCCAAGAAGAAAUAUUCUGGUGGGGAUUUAUUUGAUCAAAAGGAUGGUGUUGUUUCACCUAGCAUUUGGAAAGAUUCUUGGAUGGCUAUGAGGGCUGUAGUCAAAGUAAAAACUUUUCAGAUCAUAGUGUUGCAAGGAAUUGUAGGUUCAUUUCCAUGGACGGCAAUGGUAUUUUUUACCAUGUGGUUCGAAUUGAUAGGUUUUAGCAACAAAGGUGCAGCAAUGCUGAUGGCUAUUUUUGCUGGAGGAUGUGCAUUUGGUUCACUCUUUGGGGGCUGGGCAGCAGAUCAGGUGGCAAGUAUUUUUCCACAUUCAGGCCGUAUCUUGUGUGCACAAUUCAGUGCCUUCAUGGGUAUACCUUUCUCCUGUAUUCUACUUCUAGUCAUACCCCCGGCUACAGAGAGCUGGUUCUUGUUUGGAGCUACACUUCUGUUUAUGGGUCUGACAAUUAGCUGGUGUCAAGUAUGUGCUAAUAGUCCACUUUUUGCAGAAGUAGUUCCUACGAAACAUAGGACUAUGAUAUAUGCUUUUGAUCGUGCCUUUGAGGGCUCUUUUUCAGCAUUUGCUGCACCCAUAGUUGGGAUUGUAGCAGAAAAUAUUUAUGGGUAUAAUACGAAGUCUGUUAUUGCAGAAACAGGCUCAACCAGAGAAGCAUAUGCUUUAUCUAGGGGACUGUUUUCAAUGAUGGUUAUCCCAUUUGGACUAUGUUGUCUAUUUUAUACUCCUCUGCAUUUUGUGUAUAAGCACGAUCGUGAUGAAGUUCGUGCAAUGUCCUCGAUGGAUGAAGAGUUGCAUCUUAUGGCGAGCUCAGAUUGAUCUUGAGUUGUAGGAACAAAAGGAUUUGACCAUGCCAAGUUGGUCUGAGCCCAUGUUGGGAAAAAUCCUCAUCCCGUGCCAAUGAACACUGGUUUCUUGAAAAAUAAUUGUGAUGAUGAGUAGCAUAUUGUUUCUAUAUUUGUGAUGCAGAUUUAUUCCUCUCAAAUUAAAUUGGAUUCUUAAUGCAGCAUAGCAUUUCCACAGCUGGCAA